UCAAUAAAGCAGCAUGUAGGUGAUUCUGAAGUUGGAUUACCGUUAGGGCGUUAAUCAGUCUAUACAUUUUUUUUUAUACAAGUUAUAUCAAAUGUUGUCUUCCUCUCUGGUCUGGGUGUAGCAGUCAGACAGUAUUUUAGGAAUUAUAUUAUGGUUCAAACAUUCAAAAGUACAGACGUACGCCUUCAUCACAGAUGAACCCGCCCACACCCUCCUCCAAAUUGUCCUAUGACCUAAUCUCGAGACAUUCGAUUGGCUAAAUUGAGUUUUCCCGACAACAUCUCGACCAAUCUCAUUUUCCGUAAUACAGCGCCAACGUUGAAUCGGGGUUUGUUUUGAGAGGGACGUUUUAGCUUUUGCCUGGCGGUUUUUAUUUUAGUCUACAAUACAUUGAAUCAGAAGGGGGUCUGCCAUUUGUGACACCAAUGACAAUGGAUACAGUUACACGAAAGAACACCGACUUCAAAAAGGGUAACAAAGAGAAUGCCAGACCUGCAAGUGGACCCACUAAGUCCUUUACCAGAGUUGCUCCUACUAAAACAGUGGCAGCUCCAUCUGCCCCUCUGCAUUCCAAGAGCAAUAAAAAGGAGGACUUGGGAAAGGGAGAAGAUGCUCUGAAGAAGGUCAAGAUGGCAACAGCUGGCGAUCCAAAGAGACGCAACACUUUCAGCCAAACCUUACUCACCAAACAGGCUGUCAGACAGAGAAAACUGAUUGCAGAGGCCUCAGAGCCAGCUACCGUCCCAGCUAAACCUGUCCCUGGCACCUACAAAGGCAAGGUUGUCCAAUCCAAAAUAAGCUCCUUCAGGAAGCCUAGUGGCCUGGAGGGAGGUGUAGAAAGCAAAGCUGCUACCAAAACCUCGGCACCCAAAGCUGAAAGCCAAAAGCCUGGGAAUUUGACAAAGAUCAGGCCCAAAGCUGUUGCUGACUUGCCUCAGCGUUCCAUGUUCAAGCCCCCUCAAAUAUGUCAACCCUCAAAAUCCAAGUCUGUGUCCAAUGGGCCUCCUCCAGUCUCCAAGUGCCCAGCCACAUGCCGUCCAACAGGCUUUUGCUCCGCAGUCCCUCCUGCCAGAAUGGCUCUACUUACCACAGCUCUCCAAAGUUCCAGUAGGUCUGCCAUGACAUCAAAGGGGAAAGAGCUGCCACAGAGAACCAAGCCUAAGAUGACAACUGACAAAGUUCGCAAGCCUCCGGUUGCCAGCACCCUAAGCCAGUACAGGGCUAACACAGAGACUGCUGAAGAGAAAAGAGCAAAGCUGGCGGAGUGGCUGGCAUCCAAGGGAAAGACUCUGAAAAGGCCUCCCAUAUCGGCAGUGGCACUCCCAAAGUAUAAACCAGUUGUGCAGCCCGAGCCUGAAGUCGACGCAGUAUCCACAGCCUUCUCAACACAAAAAACCAAUGUUGAGCCUCAUUUCUCUGAUCAGACAUCACAACAACCUGGUCCUGAGCCUGAACCAACUGUUCGGCCUAAAAAUGACCAGGUGGUCCCUGAGCAGGAGGCAGCCUGUGCCUCAACUCCACUGAUAAUGAACACGACGCUGGACUUGCUUGACAACUCUGAUACAUAUUUUCUCCCUAUUGAUCCAGAGGUUCAAAUGAAUGAUGUUGUGGUCAACCUUUGUGAUGCUUUGGAGGCAUUGGAGACGCCCUCAGCAAGUGUGGAUAAGCCACAUGAGAAAAAGGAAUCUGAAGAGAAAAUUGUGGAGGUUGAGACAAAUUAUGGAUUUGAAGAGAGGAAUGAGUUUGCUGAGAAUAAUUUUGACAGGUCUGAGGAAGUGAAAAGUGAAGUAGGAGAGGGAGCUUCAGAGCAGAAAGUAAGGAAGGGUUAUAUUGAGGAAGUUGAUAGUGAUUAUGAUGACGAAUGCUUGAUGGAGACUACACCAGAGGGAGCCUCCAUAGUGAAAUACAAUCUGAAGACAACUCCAUACCUUCAAAGUGUUAAGAGAACAAUCAACACUGAAGCAUGUGCAAGUGGUUCCAAGCGAAAAAACACCAUCAAGGAUCUGAAGUUCCUGACACCAGUCCGUCGUUCCUGUCGUAUCCAGCGCAAGUCAUCCCACCUGCCUGGGAUGCUGACAGACCACGACACCUGUGUGUCCUCACUGGCAGAGCUGGUGAAUCUGGACGACGAUGCCAGCGCUUACAUCUACAGGAGGAACCCUGCUCUCCUGGAGGACCUGCCUGACCAUCCCAAAGACCUGGAGAGGAUCUGAGUCUUUGGAUGAGUGGGACGAGGAGGCCUGAAAAUGAAUAGAAAGAAUAUGGAACUGAUGGGCACUUUACAAAGGGGUUUUAAAAUAAUGAAAAUAGAUUAUUUGCUGUUUUACCAUCCAUAAUGGUUGUUAAUCCAAAUUGUGAUAAUAUGGGCUUUGUGUGGCAAGAUUUACUAAUACAGUAAGACUGGGUGCCUCAAUUUGGCAUGCCUUUUGUUUUCUGUUAGUUGUUACUUCUCAUAAGGAAGGGACAUUUGCCAUAGCUUGAUCUGCUACAUCUUCACUUUUAUUCGCUGUAUGCAUUCUCUCUGCUGUCUUACUGUGUUUGUUUUAUGAAUGUAUUGUUUAUUUUAAUGCAGAGUUGAUCAUUUAUCUAUCACUAGGUUUUACCAUAGAUAAAUUACGUACAACACACCUUUUAUCACCUUCAAAUCAUCUGGUAGGAAAUAAACAAAUGUGUGUUGUACAUCCAGGAAAAGUGACACGAUUCAAUAAAAUUAUACCAAAAUGGUU